AUGCCACGAAAGGACUCUUCAUUACGGAGUACUGCUGUUAGGAGCACAGGCGCGCAUCGCCAACGGGCCGAACAGGUCCCACUUUCUAGUUUCUUCGACAAUGAUUCUGCACGCGGUAACAACAUCCACACCAGGGAUAAUCAAUCCACGAGCGAUGUCUCACGCCUCACUUCGAGUUCUCACCAUUCAGAUAACCGCCUCUGGACUAAUAGUCUGCCACCCACCAUUCUAUCAACUAAGUACAGCGUGGAGCAUACCUCACUACUACAAGAUGUACGUCAACGCAUUUUAAAAGAGUCAGAAGAGGAGCGAGAGGCGCGAAGCCUCUCUCGAAGACAAAAUAGACAUUCAAAGCUGAAUCUACACCGACAGCGAGCUCUGCAAAUCGCCUUUGGUAUGGACGCUAGUGUUGGGGCAGCACCCGGUGGCGUGCGACGAUCGGCUGUGCGAACCGACAACGUAGACACAAGCAGCGGCUACACAAAUGAUCAAGAUGAACUAAUCGUUUCAUCUGUGGAAUUUUCGCUUGUCUGUCCUUACUCGAGGCUACCGAUGCGGUGUCCCGUGAGGAGCUGUGACUGUCGUCACUUGCAAUGCUGUGAGCUGGAGUCCUGGAUAGUGCUCAUGGGCAAAUACCGGUCGUUGCGGGACCCAAAGGCACCGUGUCCUGUAUGCGAGCAACGCGUUUCAGCUUCUUCACUUGAGGUGGAUUUUUGGAUGCAGAACGUAGUGGAGCAAAUGCCACCCGAUACACACUUAGUUGUACUCAACAUCGACGGAAGCUACCGCAGUGGUGACGAGUCUCGUGAGAAGCGAAAAGAGAGUAUGAUUACGGAUGUGAUAGAUGCGACACAGGGGGAUCUUGAUGGCCAUCUUAGCGAAGUUAUCGAUGACGGCAGUGACGACGAUUGGAACAAAGAUAACUGUGGAAAAGUCGAAUUCAAGUUUGAUUCAGUAUCGGGAAUAGGAGUCAAACGUGAUCGCACAGCAUCACAAUCCACUUGUACGAGUCCACUUGUUUAUGUCACUGCUAACGCCGCCGUGCUCUCUCAAGGACCCCAGGCUACAACAACGGUAGCAAAUAGUGUUGUGAAAACAGAGGUGACUAUGGUCUCGUUAGGGAUUGCAUCUACAACUACCACAGGACAAGCAGCUGGUAUUUCACAAGCUUCAUCUUCAGAUGACAACGGUGUGGUAGUUGUUCGUUAUGUUCAAGGGCGUACCUUACCAAGUCAGGUACGCCUCUGGGUUUCUUAUUGCAUGCACUGUGGUAAUGAACUUUCAAACUGCCAGAGUGUCCACACCGAGGUGUGCAGCCACUGCGGGUAUUGUGUCAAGGAGCAUCGAACUCUGGUUCGUCGCUUUCCUGAGAACCCUGCCGUGACAAUGGAGUUGACACCGGAUGACACCUUAAUACUCUGUGGUGUCGACGCUAUCGCCGCCUACCUAUAUCGAGCUGGCUUUCAACGCUACUUAGAGCCGCAAGAGCUGUUUGUGAUUACAGAGGCGUCUUUUCCGGCAGCUUUCCCAACUCCACAACGUCCAACUCGUAGUGUGUGGACCAGUGGUGCCCCACUUACACGAUUUGAGCUAGACUUCUUAGAGGCAUGCUGUGAACGUGUGGCUAAUGGUGAGGGGUUAGAAGAAGUCAGGGGUAUGAUGGUGCCGAAGCUUUUCCGAAUCCCAAGACUACGACGGUCAGCUUUGGAAUUUCUUACGCAACAAGCAAGGCUUGAACAUAAAGUCAUUUUUUCAAUGCAAACCCAGCCUUCUUUGACACCAUAA